CUGGCGACCCGAAUAUCGGAGGACCCGGCUAAGUCGGUGCUGCUUCUGGAGGCUGGCCCCGACUACACAGAAUUUGAACACUGGCCUACCGAAUUGCGGGAUGGAACCCGCCAGGAAGCCUCGGCCGCGGGUGCGCGGUUCAACUGGUCGUAUCGGGCAACCGGGACUGCGGAACAGGACGCUCCGAUGGAGAUCGCCCGGGGUAGAGUGAUGGGCGGCUCCGGAGCAGUUAACGGUCAGGUGUUCCUUCGUGGCCUGCCUGAGGACUACGAUUCGUGGGCGCAACAGGGCAACGACCAAUGGUCGUUCGCCAACGUUUUGCCAUAUUUCCGCAAGCUGGAAUCUGAUGCCGAUGUUCGCGAUGAUUUCCACGGCAGCGAGGGGCCGAUCCCGGUGGUGCGAGCGCCCCUGGAGACCUGGCACCCCUUUCAACAGGCAUUUAUGGCGGCGUGCGCGUCGCGGGGGUUUCCGGAAGAUCGGGACAUGAACCAUCCGUCGUCGACCGGUUUCGGGGCGGCGCCGAUGAACAAUCCCGCUGGCGUAAGGAUGAGUUGCGCGUUGGCAUACCUGUCGGCGGCGCGUCAUAGAUUGAACCUGACCAUUCGCUCCGACGUGCUGGCCCGGUGCGUCCAAUUUGACGGGAAAGUUGCGGUAGGUGUGGAGGUGGAAAGCAACGGCGAGGUGUUCACCGUGUUGGGGCGAGAAAUCGUCCUCACAGCCGGCGGUAUCGCUUCUCCACAAUUGUUGAUGCUGUCCGGGAUCGGGCCUGCUUCGCACCUGGCCGAAUUGGGUAUCCCGCUGGUGCAAGACCUCCCUGGCGUGGGACAAAACCUGCGUGAUCAUCCUAUCGUUUAUGUCGACGCGGCGUUAAAUCCGGAUCACGCAACCGACUUCUCCGGAUCACGCAUCCAGACGCUGCUGCGUUACACGACCGCCGGGUCACCGCUGCGCAACGACAUGCAGGUGUACGUCAACAAUGCAGCAUCCGGCCCCAGCCCUUUGGGAAGCGGACCGGGAUCUGACCAACCUUUGCUGCGGAUGACGUGCAUCCUGGAACAGGCGGAUAGCGUCGGAGAAAUGCGCCUUGCGUCGGCAGACCCGCUGGACAAGCCGGUCAUCGACUAUCGUUACCUUCGGAGCGAAUUCGACUGCAGCCGUCUUCGUGAGGCAGUGCGCCUGUGCCAGCAGGUUCUUGAGCAACCUGCGUUUGCGGGGUUCGUGGAGGGUUUGGUUUCCCCAACUGCGGGAACUAUAGCCUCGGACGCAGCGCUGGAUGCGUGGCUGAAGCGCACCGUAUUCACGACUUUUCACACCUCCGGGGCGUGCCGCAUGGGGCCGGACCACGAUCCCAUGGCGGUGGUGGACCAAUAUUGCCGGGUUCGCGGUGUGGACAAUUUGCGGGUGGUUGACCUGUCCAUCUGCCCUAACGUGGUGCGAGCCAACACCAACGCCACCGCGAUAAUGAUCGGCGAGCGGGUCGCUGAAUGGUUGUAG